GGGGCUGGGCGAUGUGAUGGUGUGGGGGUGACAGGACGUGGCGGCACAGCGGCACGGUGCUGGGGGACACGAUGGCACAAGUAUGAGGGACAUGGGGACGUGGUGACACAGGGCUGGGGGACAUGGGGACACGGUGACACAGGGGCAGGUGGAUGUGAUGUGGGGGAGUGAUGGGACAUGGGGAUGGGGUGGCACAGGGACAGGGUGGCACGGGGCUGAGGGACACGGGGACAAGGUGGCACGCCGCCGGGGGAACGUGGUGAUGCAGGGGUUAGGGGACAUGGGGACAUGGAGGCACAGGGGUGGGGGACAUGAUGAGGUGGGGACACCAGGACCCAGCGGCAGGACAGCGCCGGGGCUGUGGGGCACAGGGGCUCUGGGACAUGGGGGGAGCGUGGUGGCACGGGGGAGGUGACAGAGCAAGGCUGGGACCUCGGUGUCCCUCUGGAGAGGUGCCCACGGCGAGGAGGGUGACAGGGCCACCCCCCCGUUGGAGUCCCCCAGCAGUGCCCUCCCUGUGGUGUCCCCAGUUCUCGGCGCUGGCCCUGAAGUUGGGGCUCCUCUGCUACGGGGGACAGCUGGUGGCCUUGGGGACCAUCAGCACCGGGGACCUCGUCACCUUCCUCAUCUACCAGAUGCAGUUCACCGAGGCCGUGGAGGUCCUGCUGCGCUACUACCCCAACAUGACCAAGGCUGUGGGCUCCUCCGAGAAGAUCUUUGAGUUCCUGGACCAGGAGGAGCAGGUGACACCUGCGGGGACACUGGCACCCGAUGUCGUGCGGGGCCACCUCCAGCUGGAGGACGUCUGGUUCUCCUACCCCGAGCACCAAGAGCCCGUCCUGAAGGGCGUGUCCCUGGAGCUGCGCCCCGGGGAGGUGCUGGCGGUGGUGGCCCCCCCGGGGGCGGGGAAGAGCACCCUGGUGUCCCUGGUGCUGCGCCUGCGCCCGCCGGGGGCCGGGCGGGUGCUGCUGGACGGUCACCCCCUCCCUGCCUACCAGCACCGGAACCUGCGCUGCCAGGUGGCCGCCGUCCCCCAGGAGCCGGUGCUCUUCUCCCGCUCGCUCCACGCCAACAUCGCCUACGGGCCGGGGACCUGGAGCCGGGCGCAGGUGACGGUGGCAGCUCGCCGAGCGGGUGCGCACGCCUUUGUCACCCGCCUGCCCCAGGGCUAUGACACAGAGGUGGGCGAGCUGGGGGUGCAGCUCUCCGGGGGACAGCGGCAGGCGGUGGCCAUCGCUCGUGCCCUGGUGAGGGACCCCCGUGUCCUCGUCCUCGAUGAGCCCACCAGUGCCCUGGACACCGACAGCCAGCUGCAGGUGGAGCAGGAGAUCUUCGGAGCCAGCGCGGCCGGGCGUGCGGUGCUGCUGGUGACCAGGGAGGUGGCCCUCGCCACGCGGGCGCAGAGGGUGGCCGUGCUGGAGGGGGGGCGACUGCACGAGCUGGAGUCCCCUGGGGAGCUCCUGCGCCCCGGCAGCCGCUACUGGCACCUGCUGCAGGGCGGGGGACAACGGGGGACAGCGGGGAACGAGGGGGAGGGACAGCAGGACACCGAGGGAUGGGGACAGUGAGAACACACAUGGGGACACUGUGACAUGGGAUGUGGCCACCAGGCUCAGCGUUGGGGACACUGGAAGCUGCGUCGGGGACACGAGGAGCAGGGGUGGGGACAGCGAGAGCAGGUGUGGGGACAGGAAAAGCUGUGACAAAGGCCUGUGAGAGCUGUGAGGGGGGAGCCCUGUCCCUGCCGGGGGACGGUGACAUCGGGUGACACCGGGAGCCAGCAGGUGCCUGCGGGGGUGGUGACCGACAGGGCUGGCCACAGGACACAGAGUUUGAAAUAAAUCCGUCUGUUUGUA